AUGUUGAUGUUGGGCACCGACGGUGGCGAGGGAUUCGUGGUGAAUGUCUGGGGCUUGUCUUGGUCUUGCUUGCCCAACGAAGUGCAGCAGUUUUUUUCUGACUGCAAAAUUCAAAAUGGGGCUCAAGGUAUUCGUUUCAUCUACACCAGAGAAGGCAGACCGAGUGGCGAGGAUUUAGUUGAACUUGAAUCAGAAGAUGAAGUCAAAUUGGCCCUGAGAAAAGACAGAGAAACUAUGGGACACAGAUAUGUUGAAGUAUUCAAGUCAAACAACGUUGAAAUGGAUUGGGUGUUGAAGCGUACUGGUCCAAAUAGUCCUGACACAGCUAAUGAUGGCUUUGUACGGCUUAGAGGACUCCCCUUUGGAUGUAGCAAGGAAGAAAUUGUUCAGUUCUUCUCAGGGUUGGAAAUUGUGCCAAAUGGGAUAACAUUGCCGGUGGACUUCCAGGGGAGAAGUAUGGGGGAGGCCUUCGUGCAGUUUGCUUCACAGGAAAUAGCUGAAAAGGCUCUAAAGAAACACAAGGAAAGAAUAGGGCACAGGUAUAUUGAAAUCUUUAAGAGCAGUGAGCACUAUGAUCCACCACGAAAACUUAUGGCCAUGCAGUGGCCAGGUCCCUGUGACAGACCUGGGGCUGGUAGAGGGUAUAACAGCAUUGGAAGAGGAGCUGGCUUUGAAAGGAUGAGGCGUAGUGCUUAUGGUGGAGGUUAUGGAGGCUAUGAUAAUUAUAAUGUCUAUAAUGAUGGCUAUGGAUUUGGGUCAGAUAGAUUUGGAAGAGACCUCAAUUAUUGUUUUUCAGGAAUGUCAGAUCACAGAUAUGGGGAUGGUGGCUCUACUUUCCAGAACACAACAGGGCACUGUGUACACGUGCGGGGAUUACCUUACAGAACUACCGAGAAUGACAUUUUUGGUGCAAGUGAUCAGAAGCAAAUAACCAUGAGGCCACAGAAGUGGGAUGUGGGAGAGACUGAAUAUCUGACCAUAAGAUACCAGGGGGCCAUGAAUUCUGAGGAGCCCUCCAUAAACCAAGCCAUAAAGUCUGAUGUUCCCAGCAGCAUUCCAUCAUCAAGAGAAAGUGGUUUAUGUAUGGCCAUGAACAAGCAAAGUACAAAAUUAUCUAAGAGCUCGGUAACCGCCGGGCAGGGCUUCAGCCCAACUCGCUCGGGGCUCGGGGACGGCCUCAGCUAG